UUGAGUUCAUAUGUGGACACACAACUCAGUGUAUGUCUACACUGAUAGAAGAUAACAAAUAGAGGCAACAGACGAAGCUUGAACCAAAAACCUACGGAAGAAAUCAGCUGAGUUUAAAGCCAACAGCCUCCAUUCCUCAAUCAGGACACAAAGGCAACAAUCUCUGUGUGUCGUUGGCUGCUAGGAUGUCUGGCCCAACCCUGGAAGAAGAGGACUUGCCUGGCAAUCACACAGGUCCUAAAGGUGUAAUUAAUGACUGGCGGAGGUUUAAGUUGGACAGUGUGGAUCAGACGGUGCCUCAGAACAAGAGAGAGCUGCUGAGACAGAUGUCCAGCACUAGAGAGGAUGACAAGGACAGAGGCAACAGAAAGAUGAGCGUUCAGGAGUACGAGAUGAUCCAGGAUGAGGACGAGCGCUGCCUGAAACGUUACAGGAAGAAUUGUAUGCAGGAAAUGCACGAGCGCUUGAGCUUUGGCCCAAGGUUUGAAGAAGUGCACGAGCUUGAGAGUGGGGAAGCCUUCCUGGAGGUCAUAGAGCAGGAACAUCGGCAGACCCUGGUGGUAGUUCAUGUCUACCAGCAUGGUGUCAAAGGCUGUGAACAGAUGAACUCGUGUCUGGACUGUCUGGCGUUGGAGUACUCCAGUAUUAAAUUCUGUCGUAUUGAUGCUGUGGCCACAGGUGCUGCUGAGCGCUUCUCUUCUGAGGUUCUCCCUGCCCUGCUCCUCUACAAGGCAGGGGAGUUGCUGGGUAAUUUCCUGGCUGUUACCAAACACUUCAGCGAGGAGUUCUUUGCAACGGACGUGGAGGGGUUUCUCAAUCAAUAUGGCCUCUUACCUGAGAAGGACAUCGCAGCAUGUGCUGAUGACGAGGACGAAGGAGGGGACGUGGAGUAGAGAGAGAAGGAGAGGGAAAGAAUUAAGAGGGAGGAGAAAAGAAUAAUAAUGGAGAGAGGGGGGAGAGAGACAGAGGGCAGAUUUGUUGUGAAGGGGAUACAGAGGAAGAGGAAACAGGAAGAGUGGAAGAGAGCUGAAGAAAGGUAUUCUGGGAAGAAGUGGAGAAAGACAGUGGCACACAAACACUAGUAAAGAAAGCAUUUAUAUUGCAUUACAGACAAAUACACACAUAAUAGUAAACAUCCACCAGCACACACAGAAUGUGGAUUAUAACAAGAAACAGUUAGGUGUAAAUUACAUGUUGUUUUGUACUGAAAUACUGCUUGUCAGUCAUAUCACACCUCUGAUUAAAGAUCAGUUAUCCAAAACUC